AUGUCUUUCACUGAGACUGAGGCCGAGCCGUUUACUCGCAACGGUCUCAUCAGCAUCUCACGUUACAACAUGAAGCCAUGUCUCACUCUCAAUAAAGCUCGUGCCAAGCUCAUUACCACAUCAAAACUCCGAUACGUCGAUGUUUUCAGUGCCAUUCUCGAUGGAGUCGUUAAUUCAGGCAAAACCCAGCUCUCGGUCGUCCAGUCGUAG